AUGAUUAUGUUAAGAGAAUUAGUUUUUACGUUUCUCAUAGUGAAAUGUUUAACUUUUAGGGCGACCACACCGCUUAUUAAAAAUAUCCAGCGAGGCGGCAGGCAUUUCGAAGGUCCUCAUUGGUCAACUACAGAGAACGCCUUAUACUGGGUGGACAUAGGCGGCCAGAAGGUAUAUAAAUUGGAUUCCCAAACAAAUAAUAUCACCUCAAGGACAAUCGGUUACGGACCAGUAUCGCUGGUGGUGUCAGUAAAGGACAAUCCCAAUUUAAUUCUAAUUACGGUGAGGUCGGAGCUAUAUUUCCUGAACUGGGAUGCACCAGAAUGUGACAGCUCGCUGAGACUCCUCAGUGCAGUCGACUUAGGCCUGCCAGACAAUAGAUGCAAUGACGGCAAGGUCGAUGCUGCUGGAAGACUUUGGUUUGGUACCAUGGGAAAAGAGGUAAAAGAGACAGUUCAACCGGAUCAAGGAACAUUGUACAUGAUGGAUUCCAGCAACUACGUUGAUCCCGUACCUAAGGUACGACCGGUGACUACGUCAAAUGGAAUCGCAUGGACCUCAGAUAGCAAGUUUAUGUUCUACAUUGACACACCCACUAGAAACAUAGACGUAUUUGACUUUGACAUUACAAAUGGAUCCCUCCGUAACAGAAGGACACUUUUCAGCUUCAAAGCAAACAAUGUAACAGGAUAUCCUGAUGGAAUGACUAUUGAUAGUGAUGGAAACUUGUGGGUAGCUUGCUUUAAUGGAUGGAAGGUUAUCAAAAUAGACUCCAGGGCGGGCAAGUUGUUGGAAGAACAUAAGCUACCAGUUGCAAAAGUAACAUCGGUCAUGUGGGGUGGGCAUGACUUAUCUACAUUAUUUGUGACAACAAGUCGGGAAGGUUUGUCGCAGGCUGAACUUAACAUACAACUUGAAGCAGGAUCGCUAUAUGCUAUAGAGGGCACAGGAGCUAAGGGACUCCCAGAAAACCAGUUUAUUUUUCAUGAUGCAGCAAAUUACUAA